AUGCUAGGGAAUGAAGACAUGAUCACAGAAGUGUCCCUCUCUCCUCUAUCCCUCUCUCCUCUAUCCCUCUCUCCUCCUCCUCUCUCCUCUAUCCCUCUCUCCUCUCUCCCUCUCCCCAGGUCUAACUGGUUGAAGCCGUGCUGUGGGCGGAGGGUAGCCCUGUGGCAGGUGUGUCUGCUCAGUGCAGGCUUCAACUGUUUCCUGGUGGCCCUGGUCAUCCUGGUGGUGGUCUUCUUGACCCUGGAACUCCUCAUAGACACCAAGCAUCUACAAUUUGCCAAUGCUAUUCAAUUUGCCAGCGUCAUCCAUUGGAUCAGCCUUGCCAUCCUUUCACUCUUCUUCACUGAGACUGUCUUCAGGAUUGUAGUCCUUGGGAUUUGGGACUACAUUGAGAACAAAGUAGAGGUGUUUGACGGGGCAGUCAUCGUGUUGUCCCUGGCCCCUAUGGUAGCCUCCACGGUAGCCAAUGGACCCAGCAGUCCCUGGGACGCCAUCAGCCUCAUCAUCACCCUGCGCAUCUGGAGGGUCAAGAGAAUCAUCGACGGUGAGACUGAGGGUGGAGCAGACCAGACGCUCCCUUGUUUUGAGAUCAGACAGCUCCGGGCCCACCUGGCCCAGCAGGACUUGGACCUGGCUGCGGAGCAGGAGGCUGCUAUGCAGAUCCACCAUGUGUGGGGCAAACAGAGGAGCAGCUACCAGGUGGUGGAGGGCCAGGGCCCUGGGGAGUCUGACGAUGAGGGACAUGGAGUCCUCAGGGAGACCCCAGCAGACCCUGUUGUCCAUCAUGACGACAUGAACAACUAUAUCAGCCAGUACUACAGUGAACCAAGUAGUGGUGAGUGA